GGCUCGCUCAGGAAAAGGCGAUGACGCAAAACUGUUUCAUUGCAUCUCGCAUGGUUUCACUGUUCCAGCUCGCGCAGGAUAAGGUCACCCUUCUGUCGAUGACCUAAUUUCUCCACUUAACCAGCUGAGAAAGUCAUGGCGGAAAUUAAUGUGCCGGUAAUAUUUGUGAUUGGUGGUCCGGGAUCUGGUAAAGGAACACAGUGUGAAAAAAUAGUCGAGAAAUAUGGUUUUACUCACCUCUCAACGGGAGACUUGCUUCGCGCAGAAUGUGCUUCUGGAUCAGAUCGUGGAACCAAAUUAGCGGAUACCAUGAAAAAAGGACAACUAGUCUCAAAUGAUCAAGUGCUGACUUUACUAAAGGAAGCUAUACAGAAAAAUCUUGCGAAUUCUCAUGGUUUUCUCAUAGAUGGUUAUCCAAGAGAAGCUGGCCAAGCUGUAGAAUUUGAAAACCAGAUAUGCAAAUGUUCCUUCUUGCUGUAUUUUGAUGUUCCGGACGAUGUUAUGAUAGAGAGGUUACUAAACAGAGGUAAAACAAGUGGAAGAGCCGACGACAAUGCAGAAACAAUAGCUAAAAGGUUGGAGACUUUUCACAAGUUCACUCAGCCUAUUCUAGACUACUAUGGAGACAAAGUUAAGAAAAUACUCGCUACUGGAACAGUGGAUGAAAUUUUUGCUCAAGUCACUAAAGUGAUCGACAGCUGCAAAUGCUGAAAUGUGAUUUCUUCAACUCAUUCCAUUUUCCCACUAGAAACUUUUUAACAUCACCCACCAUGGUUUUCCAUCACUCAUUCAUUAUCCUAACAUGGAUUCCUCUUCUACCUCUUUUGAAAACAAAUUAAGGCAAAAAAUAAAUAUAUGUCCGGAAUUCCGUGCUAUGAAGAAUUUUAGACCAGCAAUUGUUCAAGAAAUAAUUUUUGUGUUUAAAAUGUGUGAAAACUGCAAAGCAAUAAAUAUAGCUUUACGUGGAUCAAAAUUUUAAGCAAGAAAUUAGUGCCGGGUAAGGAUACAAAAAAUUCACUAAGCUUAUGAAUAUGCUUAUGGUGCUGAAUUUAUAAUAUUUUCAAAUGCUAUUUUUACAAUCUGUUUGUGAUUGUGAAUUGUUUGUCAUUAUUUUUUCAAAAUCUCUGAAACUUUGAACUAAGUAUUGACAUUCUAGUUUGCUUUUAGUUUAAAUUAAAAAAAUUUGUAUUGUUGAA